AUGGUUGACAAUGCUCAUUGGCUUUCGGCGCUCGAUGGCGUGGUUGAUGAAUCCCCAUUGGAUGACGACUGGCCUUCAGCACUGGACGGUUUGGAUAGUGAUCACUGCAGUGCCGAGGCUGGACAGGUGCAGGCUGACGACUGGAGAGCUCAGCUGGACGACAUUUCGGUCGCCUCCGUCGAUGAGGACAACAUGUCGGUCGAUUCCCCUCAGCUGGCUUUGGUCGAGGUCCCGAAGGUCGAGCUGCAUGACAUCACCAGGGUAGUUCACGUUUCCAACUGCACGCCAGACGAGGAGCUCGACGAAUCGGCCAAGACGGUUGCAGAGUACUUGAUGGACAACGAUCCGCUCACGGGACGCUUCACUGACUCAGCGAUGGCUGUCGGGGAGGCGCGCAGCAAGUGCAGGGGCACGAUGAAGCUCAUGUCAGCGUGUGCGCUGAAGGUUGAGAGGAACAUAUGGACUCAUGCUGAGAAGUUGCUGGUUGAUGCAUCAGCGACGUCGGAUAGGCUUCAGCUCAUCUUCUACGUGGAGUACGCCAGCUAUGACAGCACAGACUUUUGUUUGACGAGCUCGCAGAAAGUAACCGAAACCCUCGUUGAUGGACCAGCUCUUCAUGGACACGAUGCAGGAGAUGGAGGUGAGCUUGGACAGAUGCCAACCAUCGAGCUUGACGAGGCGACGGUGGGCACGAAGAAGAUACUACAGAUGGACACGAACGUGUUGCUCCUACUCAAGACCGACGGCAGAUACGCCAUACUUCGUGGGAAUAUGCUGUCUUGGUUGCAG